AUGUGUAUCGAUGAAGAAUUUCUACUUGAUGAACAUUUUGAAAUCGAAACUGUUGAAUGUCUUGAUGGAACAGAUGAACUUCAGUUGAAACCGUUUCUCUCAUGUUCAAGAGAUUUAUCAUUUAAAUGUGAAGAAACACUUUGUCCAUCCGAUACAUCAUUUAAUUGUGGAGAUGGAACUUGUCUUGUUUAUCCUCUAUUUCAAACACUUUUAAUGUGUUCAAAUAAGCGAAAUCAAAUCUACAAUUAUCAAUUUAGUUGGCAUAAUCUCGAAAAUCUUUAUUAUCCUCAUUGUUUCAAAAUUCUCAUGUGCGCAUCGACUUCGUGGAGUUUACGAGAUUUCGAUAUGUAUUGUAAGAGUUUUUGUAAUAGUUCAGAAGAAUGUCGACUUCAAACUCUUCGACAAUGUUCAUCUGCAUUCAUUGCGCCAAUUGUUCCAAUUUGGCGUGGUCACGUGAAAUAUGGUUAUUUCUCUAAUCAAACAUCAAUCAAAAGAUUUGAAACUGAACCUCAUUUUAUUUAUUAUGAUCAAAAUCUUUGUUCACAUAUUAUUUCGACAUUUACUCUCGAGAAUUCAACAUGUUUACAUCUCAAUCGAUCGAAUUCUUCGUUCAUGACUGACAUCUUUGAAUUGUUUCGGUCAUGUGAUUCACCAUUGGGAAGUGGAAAUGAAUCAACAUGUUUUGAUUCGAUAAUGUUACAUUGUCCAAAGACGAAGAAAUGUAUCCCUAAACGUCGAAUUCUUGAUGGAAUAUCUGAUUGUUAUCAUGCUUUUGAUGAAUCUGUAUUUAGUAAUUCAUGUACAUUUAAUGACAAAUCUCGUUUUCAAUGUACAUCGGAACAAAAAUGUCUUUCAUCCUUAUUGGUUAAUGAUGGACAUGAACAUUGUCUCAAUGGUGAAGAUGAAUUUGAAUUAAAUCGUAUAAAAACAACUAUUCAUCAAAUAUCGUUUUCAAUGAUUUGUGAUGGAUAUGUUGAUUUAUUAUCGAAUAAAAAUGAAAGUGAUGAAACAAAUUGUGAAUUUUGGCCAUGUGUAAAUCCUACAACACGUUGUAAUGACUUUUGGGAUUGUCCAAAAGGAAUCGACGAAGUCAAUUGUUCAACAAUAUUUCAAUGUCCUCCUAAUCAUCAUCCUUGUCUUUUAUCAACCAAUGGUACAAUGGGUUGUUUACAUAUCGAUCGAAUUGAAGAUGGAUUUAUCGAUUGUCUUGGAUCAACAGAUGAACGAACACAUUGUCAACAAGAAUCAGAAGAUUUUAUUUUGAAAAAUUAUCGUUGUUGGAAUAGUACUCAAUGUGUUUCAUUUACAUCGGUUUGCCGAUAUUGUGAUCAUAUUAAAGAUAAAAAUUUACUUUGUAAUACAAAUAAUGAAACAGUUAGGGCGAUUAUUCAAUAUUUUAAUUCGAGAGAUAUGAAUAUCUCCCAUAAAAAAACACCAUUUUCUCUUCAAUCAUCAACCGAUUUUCCUCCCAAACAAUCUUCAUUAUUCAAUCACAAACAAAUGCCGAUUUCAAUGAUAACAACCAACGAAAUGUCUCGUAAAACACCUAUUAACGAUCGACGAUUGUGGUUCUGUAAUAAAGGUUUUCUAAUUCUUGUUGGAAAGAAUGAAAGUGAAGAAUGUCUAUGUCCUGAAAAUUAUUAUGGUGAUUUAUGUCAAUAUCAAAAUCAACGUGUAAGUCUAACAAUUCGAUUAUAUCAAGAAAAUCUUAUCAAACUGAAUAUCAUUGGUAUUAUUAUUCGACUUGUUGAUCAGAAUGCAUUUGUUCAUUCGUUUGAACAAUUGACACACAUUCCUCGAAUUGAUUGUAAUACAAAAUAUAAUCUUCAUCUUCUUUUUCAUCAUCGACCAAAACAUUUAACAACAAAUUAUUCAAUUUAUAUCGAUAUUUAUGAUAAAUUUCAUUUGAAUUAUUUAACAAGUUGGAUUUAUCCAGUGAAAUUACUUUUUCUUCCUGUAAAUCGUCUCAGUGUUCAAUUACGAAUACCCGCAAAAUCAAAUUGUCAUUUAAUAUGUAUUCACAAGUAUUUUCAAUCAUUAAUUCAACAAUCAAUGAAAUCUUGUCGUUGUUUAAAUCAAUUGACGAUCAAAAACCAAUGUAACUGUUCUCCGCAAUCCAUUUGUGUUGAUUUCAAAGGAAAUCGAGCAAUUUGUUUAUGUUCAUUGAAUACAACUGGUUCACGAUGUUAUUUGAAAUCAAUUUGUCAAUUGAAAAAUCCCUGUCUGAACGGAGGAAUUUGUAUUGCAUAUGAUUCUCGACAUUCUCCAACAAAUUUCACAUGUUUAUGUCCUAAUGGAUAUUUUGGAGAAAUUUGUGAUCAAGCUGAUGUGAAAAUCGAUAUUUCAUUUUUGAAUAUCGAAAUUCCUUCAUCUGCAUUGAUUCAUUUUAUUCGAAUUGCUCAAUUUCAUCCAUACAAAUCAAAUAUUGAACCAAUUCAAACGACAAUGUUUCAAAAGAUUCGUUUUAAUGAAUAUUUCUUAAGUUUAAACAUGUCUCAACCAUUUCAUCUUUUGUUCAUUCAAUUACAAAAUGAUUUUUAUCUUUCAGUUCUUCAACAUGAGUAUAAACCAUCAAUUGUCAUUUCAACAGAGAUUCCUUCAUCACAACGUUGUCCAUUUAUUGGUGAACUCAUCAAUAACAACUAUACAUUUCUGCAUCGUAUCAAAUUUUAUCAUCAAAUUUGUGCAAAAUACAUCGAAUUGCCUUGUUUUCAUGACAAUUCAACAUUUAUGUGUUUAUGUACGGAUCGACGAGAUGCCAAUUGUUUUCAUUUUAAUUAUAACACAACAUAUCGAUGUUCAAAUCAUGAUUAUUGUACAAAUGACGCACAUUGUUUUCAAGAUCAUCGAUCUUGUCCAACAAAAGUCCUUUGUGUUUGCCAACAAUGUUUUUACGGUGAUCAAUGUCAAUUUUCUACGCAACAUUUUGGUCUUUCACUUGAUUCGAUCUUAGCUUAUCAUAUCUCUCCACAUUUGAAAUUCACCGAACAAUCUUUACCAGUGAAACUUAGUAUCAUUUUAUCGACAAUUCUCUUUCUAAUUGGUUUUCUUAGUGGAAUUUUAUCAAAUUUGACGUUACGAAUGAAAUUAAAUCAACAAACCGGUUGUGAUCUUUAUCUGUUUGCAUCUUCGAUCACAUCGAUUUUGAUUAUUGUAUUUCUUUAUAUAAAAAUCUGGUUUUUAAUUCUUUCUCAAAUGCAAAUCAUCACUUGGCGGCUAAGUAGAAAUUCAACGAUUCUUCAUCAUAUUCACUUUGAUAAACGAAUAAGUCGACAAAUCGCCAAAAUAACGAUAAUUCUCAGUUGUAUUAUCAUUUCUUUAUCGAUAAUUCACGAUCCUAUUCAUCGUCAUUUAGUUGAUGAUUUCGAAGAAGAAAGAACAUGGUGUAUUCUCAAAUUAACACCUCAAAUGGAAAUUUAUAAUAGAUUUAUAAAUCUUUUUCAUUUUCUUGUUCCUUUUUCGAUCAAUUUCAUUUUAACCAUUGGCAUUAUGUUCAUUAGUGCAAAACAUCGUUCAUCAGUAAGAAGACAAGUCAAUUUUAAAGAACAAUUCAAAAAACAAAUCUUUCGACAUAAACAUUUGCUUUUCAGUUCAUUUUUCUUAAUUAUUUUAGCAUUACCACGUUUAAUUCUUUCGUUUCUCUCAAAUUGUAUGAAAUCACCAAAAGAAUAUCAAUUAUUCCUAUUUACUUAUUUUAUUUCUUUUAUUCCACCUAUUCUUCAUUUCUUCAUUUUUGUUUUAACAUCGCAAAUAUACAAACAACAAUUUUAUACAAUGAUUAGACGCAAAUCGAACCAAUUUUUACGUUGUCUAUUUCCAUAUCGAAUAUUUCCUCAAAUAAAUUAA